AUGUCUAAAAUUAUCGUUCAAGAACUGACGGCACUGCUGGAGAGGCAGGUGAAGAGAGCCGCCGAGGCCGACAAGCGCCUGGAGCGCUUGGAGAGGCUCCUAACCGGGGAGCCCUCCGCGGGGACGGACUCGGCAUCGACGUGCGACGACCGUGCCGAGUGCAGUGUGCCCGACAGUGGUUCAGGAGCGGUGAGCCGCAGGCUGGAGGACUCUGAGCUGACGCUCAAAUACGCCGUGAACCACGCCGGCGGAGACACGUGUCGCGCCGCUGGCGCCAUCUGUCGUGCGUGUGGCGAACCAGGACAUUUUGAGGUGGUGUGCCACCAGAGGGCGAGCACCACGGCCGAUCGUCCAGUGGCGACAUCUGCAGUGACGAGAGUACGAGACUCUCCGGGGGUGGCGCUAGUAGCGGUAGCCGCCGGCACCGCCGUGUCACCGCCGCCGGCGGACACGGGCGAAGCCGGGCACACUGCGCUGCAGCCCACGGAGCUGAGUGACGCUGCUGACGCCUAUGGAGCCUCACCGCCGCCGGCGGGAGGCAUCCCAACUUGGAGCACGGACCGAGUGCACGGAGCCUCGCCGCCGCCGCCCACCGAGCCGGCUGGCGCCCACGGAGCUUCGCCGUCGCCGACGGGAAGCCUUCCAACGCGGACCAGCCAUGCAAACGAAGCCGCUGGUGACGCCGUGUUGCCGCCGCCGGCGGACACGGGCCAGCCCGGGGCCACUGCGGUGCAGCCUGCAGGCCCGGAUGGAGCCGCUGAAGCCUACGGAGCCUCGCCGCCGCCGGCGGGAGGCCUACAAACGCUGAGCACGGGCCGAGGUGCAGCUGCCGGCCCCGCCGUGUCACCGCCGCCGGCGGACACUGGCCAGAUUGGGUGCACCGCCGCGCAGUCUACCAGGCCGGCUGCCGCCUACGGAGCCUCGCCGCCGCCGGCGGGAGGCCUACCCACGCGGACCAGGGACGGAGGUACAGCCGCCGGCUACGCCGUGUCGCCGCUGCCGGGGGACACCAGCCAAGCCGACUGUUGUGCGGCACAGCCCACCGAGCUGAGUAAGACUACUGACGUCUACGGAGCCUCGCCGCCGCCGGCGGGAGGCAUGCCAACUCGAAGCACGGAUGGAGGCCCAGCCGCCAGCACCGCCGAGUCGCCGCCGCCGGCGGGCACCGGCCAAGCCGGCUGUAGUCAUGCGGCGCAGCCUACCGAGCUGGCUGACGCCUACGGAGCCUCGCCGCCGCUGGCGGGUCCGCCGGUGGUGGAUGACCUGCUCGGUCCGACCGUCGAUGACGAGGUGUGGGAGGACGCUGAGGACCCGCUUCACGCAGCUGCCGUCGCAGCUAUGCUCGCUGAGCGGGAUACGGAGUGCGACUCGCGUCUGCCGCCGCUCGUGGCCCCGAGUCCAGGGGUGACCAGAGCCGCCGCUGGCCGCGACCCGUGGCCGCCACCGACACCGGAGCGACGCCUGCCGCGGACCUCCCCGUGCGACGGCGGGCGCGCCCGCUGCAAGAAGCGCCCGAGACGCCGCGGAAGAGAGCGCAGGCGCCGCCGUCUGCACCGCGCUGCGGUGGCCUUGUGCGCCCGGACCCCGGAGGGUCCGCUGUGGCGCCUUGGAGUGAAGACGAUGUGA